AUGGCAGAAAGGAAUAUUGAACGUAAGUAGAUACUCAGUUUUUCAUUCCAUAAGAAUGACAAAGAUAUAGUUCUGUUUGAUAACCUGCGAAACCUCUUCGUGUUCAAACGCGAUCUUUUUAAAUUUAUGUCAGGCAAAAUUAUCAGCAAGGAAGCGGAAAAAAUAGAUUUGAUAUCUCUGUUAUUCAUCUUGACAUAAGUAUAAAGUGUUACGUUCGAUUGGAAGAGUAUAUCGAUCUUGAGAAAGACAAGGCCGUCGGAAGUAAAUCAAUAUUGAGGUAGGGCGGGGGCAAGAAUCAAUCUAAAUUGCUUACGCACUUUUCUAGUUCUGUUCUGUGUUUUGCUUAAAUUAAACAAAUGGAAAUUAUUGGGAGGGAUGGAGGCAUCCCCAAAAACCCCCCGGCCCCCCCCCCCCCCCCCCGCUUUCGAUGGCCCUGAAAGACCAUAAAUAUCUAGAUAUCUAUACAAAAUAAAUUAAUAUGAAUGGUUUAGAAAUCCAAUUUUCAUUGUCUUUAGACUAGACGCUCCAUUAACUAGACGCUCGAUAAAGCGUCUACUUCGAGUUAUAUUAAUUUUUUUGGAAUCGACAACCUUAGCACAUUAUAUUAUUAUAUAGGGAGAGACAAACUUCCCGAAACACCCCCGAAAAGUACAAGAGAUGUCGAGUUUGGUAAUUCUUUUGAUGAUCAUGUAUACGAAGAGCCAAAUCCCUUUCAAGCUCGCGUUGCCAACCAAGCAGGUAUUUUACCUAUAAUAUUAUUCGCCUUAGCUUUCUUUUAUCUCAUCUAAUGCCCCAUUUUCCAAUCUGGUCAUGCAUUUUGAGUAACCUUGUCCAAAGCUGGAAAGGUUUUGAACGCAUAUGAGUAUUGUACAUGCAUGAAAAGCAUCGAAAUGACUGUAUUGACAUGUAUAAACGUAUUUCGGCCCCGCGUAUAAAUAGCCAUUUUAUAGAUGAUUAUGAAAAAAUUCUGCACAAAGAAUGUUGUAGACAGCAAAUAUAUAUAUUUGGCGGGAAGAUCGAUAACACAACAUUAGAAAAUUUCUAAUUUUGUUCUAAAAAUUACAUUUUCUUUCCAGAAAUUGCAGAGAAAAUAGACCGCUUUAAAAACAGAACAAAGGAAUUCAUCGACGAGUUUGAAUGUACCAAAGGUGAAGCACGUUCAAAUGAAGAAACUUUCAUUAUCAUUCAUCUUUUAAAGAAAUGUGAUCCCAAUUCUUCAAUGCUGCAUGGAAAUCUCGAGCAACUGGCAAUGCUUGCCUGCUGCAGCAGUCCUUAUGUAGUGAAGAGAGCGCUUGAUGCUCUUCUAAAUGAAAUAUUUUUGAGCAUUUCCGAAUCCUCAACAACUCGAUACCGUAACAUCCUGAGAGCUGAGGAAGUCCUUCGUGCGUCAUUUCUUGAGUUCAUGGGAGUGGAUCAUAUAAAAGCAAAAUGCCAAAGAAUGACAUCAUACGCUUGGCUAAUCACGUUAGUUCUUCUGAAGUGUAGUAAAGAAGAGUUCGUUGAAAUUGCACCAAAACUUAGGGAAUUGGACAAAUUUCUCGACACUUUGCAGAAGGACAGGGAAAACGUCGAAAGAAACACGUUUCGGUACGGUAUUUACCUGGCAAGGGAAAGUAUCAGACGAAUUGUCCAGUCGACUGGAAAAAAAGAUUUAAGGGAGUCGUUAAACCGCCUCAUCAAAAAGUGUGAAAAUUUUCUGAAUGCCAAGUUAGAAAAGGACCAAGUUAUGAAUCUUGGGAAAGCACUCAGUGAGGGAGUAAGCUGGCUGGAUCUUCAUGUAAGCUUGGUCUUUCUGCAAGACUUACCGAAGGUAAGUUAGCGAAGGGGUUCUGAAUCCGUUGAAUGAAUUAAUGUAAACGAAUGCAUUUCAUUAUAUGAUUUUAUUUACGAUCUGGUGCGUAGUUAAUUGGCAAUUUAAUACUGCUAUAGAUAUAAAAUUGUCUGAAACGGGCAUACUGUGGUUUAGAUAAGGGAGUUUCAGAUAGAUUUCCUCCGUAAAAGGGGAUUAGUUAUAAAGAGUAAGUUUGAAUGUACAUGCUCUUCGCUAUGCAUGCAGUAUCUCGUUCAAGAAAGUUACACUCCCUGUCCAAGGAUGGCCAAUCUAAGACUUUAGCUCAUUGCAGCAAUUUUAGUAACAUCUGUGCCAUCAACAUGAAAUAAUAAUUUCUAAAUAUCUCUAAUUAUAUCAGUAGUAAAAAUGGCUUUCGAGCAAUUUGAUUGCUUAGCCGAGAAGUAAAUCUGAGGCACUAUUUACUUACUACCUGAGUAGUAAAUAAUGUUUUCAAAAUGACUUCCCACAGUCGUUUUAUAGAAAUUUCUUUUGAGCAAAUUGAUCAAAUAAAGGACAGUGCAAUUCCACAAAACACAAAACUAUAGCAACACAAAUCCUGAAACACUUCCAACCUCGUUCCCGGGAUUUUUCCUGUUGACGAAGAAAGACCCUGGCAAUAGCUGAUCACGUGGCUCAAAGAAUAUUGAUUACCUAGGGGGGCGGGAGGAAAGUCUCGUAUUACAUGUUUCCACUUCCGUACUGUACACUUCGAUCGUAAUUAGUGAGUGUUUUGUACAAUAAAUUUUGAGAGUCAUAUAUACGUCAAAAACGCGCUAAAUUUGAUUUCUGUUUGCUCUUAAAUUAAAAAAAUAUGCUAAACAGAUUUUUAUAGCAACAUCUAGCAAUAAAAACGUAUGAUCAUAUGCUCCAUUGUUCUUAUGUUCUCUCGGGGCACACUUGUAAAAGGGACUUUCAUUUCACACGUUUCUGAUCUGCCUUUAUUAUCUUAUAGUAAACAUUGCAUUGCAUGAUUUAAUUGUUAAUUUCAACAGAGAUCUCGAGAACAACUGUAUGUUUAUAGGUCACAGGCUCGUAGCGACUUUGAUGUUUUUCGGACAGGGCAUUUGGACACCAGCCAAAUACUUCAAAUGGACAUUGAAUGUCCACUUUAUUAAUUCUAAAACUGUUUAUUAAAGACUGUUUAUAUUCUACUGAUCUUAUUAAGAAACUUUGAUCGUUUAUAUUAAACACUGGUACUCAACGAAGAAGCAGAACCGGAACUACUGGGGGUGCAUGUGUGUGUGUGGGAGGGAGGGAGGAUAACGUCCGCAAAGAAAAAGAGAAAGGGGGGUCCAACUCGCCCAGAGGGGGCACCGGAAUGCUGGAAUUGCGGAACGUGUUAAAUAUUUAGUAGGGAAUUUUCCGAAAAAUUGAUGGCCCUGGGAAGGAGUGUACAAGCUACAAUAAUUGUUAGAGAAUCUGCAGUACAGAAUUAUAAGACAACUGUAUGCGUUUGGUUUUUUGUUUGCACGAGUAUGUUGUUGAAACUUUGAACGCAAAAUAUUUCACAGAAUCUUCCGUACAAUUCUAUAGCCAUUUACGCCACCUUUUAUACCUUGCCACAAUAAUAACAGAUAAGCUAGGUUUUGGAAAAGCAUUUUUCUAUUAUAUGUGCACUAUACAUACAUAAUAUACGCACAAAUUUCGCACAGACAUAGUUUCAUAUUAAUAUUUAUGAGAUUUAACAAGCAUUUUAUAAUUUCUAUUGAUAUAUUGAUAGGUUGUUUGUCUCUAGCGCGGCAUGAGAUUAUCUAAAGUGCAAGCUGCGAGUUGCGCGUUGCGAGUAUAUUGUUAAUUUCUGAUAAUAUCGGGUUUAAUUUUAACCCAGGGUUAACACUAACCUAGCUUUGAAGCACCGAACCAAGUGUUUACACCUAUGGUUUACACUAAAAAAUCAAAUUGAAAACUGUAUGUCAUCCUGGCGGAUGGGCUUUUAGCUUUUUCUCAAUUUGGCGCCAAUUUUCAGCUUUUCAAAUAAACAUUCACUGCAUUUAUUUUUAUACUUACAAACUUGUAAAUAGCAAUCGUUUUGAUGCGCGCGUGCGUGCGCGCGUGCGUGCGUGCGUGCGCGCGUGCGUGCGUGUGCCUGUGUGCGCGCGUGUGCGCGCGUGUGCGCGUGUGUGUGCGCGUGUGUGUGUGUGUGCGCGCGUGUGUGUGCGUGUGCGCGCGUGCGUGUGCGUUUGUGUGUGUGUAAAUUGAAUUAUUUUAACUUCAGUUGUACUUCCGAUGAAAAGGACUUGAGUUUAGGGUUCCGAGCGUUCAGUAUAUAUAAACAAACUGAGUCGGUGUCUGGUCAUACUUAGUAAUAAAAUUAAAUAACCAUUUUAAGAUUAGAAAGCACAAAAUGGUCUGGUAAACUACUAGAUUUAAUUAAGCACAGAAACGGCAAAUAUAAACUUACACUUUUAUUUUCAAUAUAAUUAUUUUAAUUCUUGAACACACGUACCGAUGGAUCUAACAAAGUAAACAAAUAAGUAAAGGCCAAUUUUCAUUUCGACCGUAUCGUAGCAUUUUCAGGAAACAAAGAAAUACGCUUCGCUACGAUACGGCUGAAGUGGAAAACCAGCUUAAAGUGCACGCAAAACGUGUUGAAACGAAUUUAGUUACAGGGAACCUUAACUUCGAAGGUCAUUAAUAUGUAUAAAACAAAAAACCCUUCGACUUUGCCUUCCAUGUCGUCCAAAUUAAUAUACAUUCAAAGCCUAAUUCAAAGCGAGGCUAGCGACUCGCAACUCGCAGCUCGCAACUCGCAGCUCGCAGCUCGCAACUCGCAGCUCGCAAAAUAGCCGACCCCGCGCGGCAUAUAGUUGGAUGCUAAUAAAAUGUAAAGGCGUUUGAUGUCUCACAGCAGCGUGUGUUUAUUAAAAAAAAUACAAGCUUGAUCACAUGCUGUUCCAUGACAAAAUAUAACUUUGGAUAGAUCAAGCUACAACGCUAUUGGCAAUGAAAGCUCUUUCCAGUAUCUAUAAUGUGCCCAGUGUAAAUAUGAAAUAUAUAUGAAAUAAUAAAUCUGAAAUUGUAUUGGCCUACAGAGGAUGGUAGACGGUUGUGAGGAGAUAUGGAUUUUAUCAAUAUCUCACGAGUGAGGGUAAGGUGCUGUAAAUGGAAAAAAUCUCAAUGCCCGCCGUCGAUAUGCUAGAUUCAGUAGAAUUUGACAUGUAUAUAUGAAAUGUAGCACGGGUGUAGCAAGGGCUACUUUGAGUUACGGGUAACUAGAAAUACAUGUAUGCAACAACCACUCGCCUAUAUUCUCCAAACAUUGUUUCAACAUGAAGUAUUCGUAAUUAUGCCAACAUUGAACGCAGGCUCGCGUUGCUACGUCAUGUUUGUCAAGGCAACACGAUAAUUUUUUUUUUUUUUUUGUACAAACCGCAAACCUGCAAACAAUAGAUGAAACUUGAACACUUUUAAGUACAGAACUAUCAAUUCCUAAAACAUAUAAAGUAUGUAUCUUAUUUUGGUUUCUAUGUGCAUUAUUUUAAUGUAAAAUUGAAAACGAAACUCUACGUAAAACGUUUUAAAUGUGAAUUGAAAUUAACUGCUUUUUGCCGAUCGCGAUAACUCGAGCUCAACUUAUUACUCGCACAUUGAAAUGAAAUAAAUUUAAUUCGUACAGAACGCUAAUGAAAAUAAUUUGCUUUCCUUUUUAUCAUGAACUUCUACAAAAGUUAAUUUAACAAUGAAACUUUCGCAUACAAUCCAUAGGAAUUAAAGACUUGAACAACAAGAACAAAGUCUAUAAUAUUAAUACAAAGUCAUACAUAAACAAUUGAAACAAACUUACCCUAUACAGGCUAUAAGCUAUACUUUAGGAUUUCGCAUACAAAGUCCAAGCUUUCUUACAUGUAAUUUUUAUAUUUUCCCCUUCUUCACUCCUGGCAAACAGUCAUAUUUUGAGAUCAGUGAGAUGACCACCCAUACACCCAUGAACCGCGCCCGCGAUAAUCAAUGAACUUUAGACUUCGCUAGUGCGUUCCUUUCCCCGGGUGUAAAUAGCCGGGGGGGAAUUAGUACUCUCGCCUCGGGCUUACGCCCGAAACGGCGCUCCGCGCCGUUGGCUCGGGGAUGAAAGAUAUAUAAUUUUGACAUUCUGUCUAUAUUCAAGUAAAAAUAUAAUGCUUUAUUUUUUAACAGUUUUUUCAGUUUCAAGACAACCCAAAACCGAUUAUCUUGAUACAGAUGUUGAUUGCCGAUUAUCGCGAGCGCUGUAGCACCAAGUUCGGUUUCAGGCGUAAUAGAAAUUACGAAUGGCAGUUUGAAGUAUUAGUUUAUCACGUCAUGCUUAGGGUGAUCAGGACUUCAAAAAGCAAAG